CCCCUUUGUACGCCAUUUUGGAUGAUAUGAUAAUCGUUUGAAUGAGUGUUGAAAACAAAUCCAUUGAUUGAAAGCAAACGACAACUCAUUUGGCAUUCAUUUGACGCAUAAAUUGCCACAAAUUGACCACAAAUUAGGCGACAAGAGAUGAAUCGUUUCGGUGGUCAGUCGAGUCCGUGGGCGUCGGGGGCGCCGCCUAUGUAUGGGCACAACAAUCACGCGCCGCCACCGCCGCCACAGUACGGGACACCGGCUUACGGACAUACGUCCGGCCCCUGGAAUGUGUCGCCGCAGAUGAGGAAUACCGGCGGAUGGGGUGCGCCCACACCUCCCGGACCCAUACAACACAUGCAACCGCAGCAACAGCGCCGACCGCCCGGACAGGGAUUCAAUAUGAGACCG